GGAAGUCAUCAAGAACUCCAAAGAAGUUCUGAGUUUACUGCAAGAGAAGAAUCCCGCCUUCAAGCCAGUUCUUGCUAUUAUUCAGGCAGGUGAUGAGAACUUAAUGCAGGAAAUCAACCAGAAAUUGGCUGAGGAGGCUGGCCUCAACAUCAUUCACAUUUGCCUUCCCUCGGCUAGCAGCAAAGAUGAGAUUAUAGAUGAGAUCCUGAAGAUCAAUGAUGACCCCCGAGUGCAUGGUCUGGCCUUGCAGGUCCCUGAGGAUUCCUUCAACAGCAAAGUUCUCAAUGCCUUGAACCCAGAAAAGGAUGUGGAUGGCAUUACAGACGUAAACCUGGGGAAGCUGGUUCGAGGAGAUGCCCAGGAGUGCUUCGUCUCCCCAGUAGCCCGAGCAGUGAUUGAGCUCCUUGAAAAGUCAGGUGUUGAUCUAAACGGGAAGAAGGUCCUGGUGCUCGGUGCCCAUGGAUCCCUGGAAGCCGCGCUGCAGUGCCUGUUCCAGAGAAAAGGCUCCCUGACUAUGAGCUCACUGUGGAAAACCCCCCAGCUUCAGAGCAAGCUUCAGGAAGCUGACAUUGUGGUCUUAGGCUCCGCCAAGCCUGAAGAGGUUCCUCCUAAUUGGAUCCAACCAGGAACCAUUGUUCUGAACUGUUCUCAUGACUUCUUGUCAGGGAAGCUUGGCUUUGGCAUGCCAGGCGUGAACUUCAGCAGUCUCUUCUCAGAUGAUGAUGUGAGUCUUCUUGCAGCUGCGUUGCGAAUUCAGAACAUGGUGAGCAGUGGCCGGCGGUGGCUCCGUGAGCAGCAACAUUCUCGGUGGAGGCUCCACUGCUUGAAGCUGCAGCCUUUGUCCCCAGUGCCAAGUGAUAUUGAGAUUUCCAGAGCACAGACCCCCAAAGCCGUGGACGUGCUGGCCAAGGAAAUAGGAUUGCUUGCAGAUGAAAUUGAAAUCUACGGCAAAAGUAAAGCCAAGGUCCGCUUGUCCCUGCUGGAGAGAUUAAAGGAUCAGGCCGAUGGGAAAUACGUCAUAGUUGCUGGGAUCACACCCACCCCUCUGGGAGAAGGGAAGAGCACAGUCACAGUGGGGCUGGUUCAGGCACUGACCGCACACCUCAACAUCAACUCCUUUGCCUGUCUGAGGCAGCCUUCUCAAGGCCCGACGUUUGGAGUUAAAGGAGGAGCCGCAGGGGGCGGAUACGCACAGGUCAUCCCAAUGGAAGAGUUCAACCUUCACCUGACGGGAGACAUCCAUGCCAUCACUGCCGCCAACAAUCUGCUGGCUGCUGCUAUCGAUGCGAGAAUCCUCCACGAAAACACACAAACCAAUAAGGCACUGUAUAAUCGACUGGUUCCUUUAGUGAAUGGUGUUCGAGAAUUUUCAGAAAUUCAACGUGCUCGGCUAAAAAAACUUGGCAUCAAUAAGACAGAUCCAAGCUCCUUGACAGAAGAGGAAGUGCAGAGAUUCUCUCGUCUUGACAUCGAUCCUGCCACCAUCACAUGGCAGAGAGUGUUGGAUACAAAUGACCGAUUUCUACGGAAAAUGACAAUCGGGCAGGCAAACACGGAAAAGGGAUUUUUCCGGGAGGCGCAGUUUGACAUCGCUGUGGCCAGUGAGAUCAUGGCAGUGCUGGCCCUAACUGACAGCCUCACAGACAUGAAGCAGCGGCUAGGAAGGAUGGUGGUGGCCAGUGACAAAAGCGGACAGCCCGUGACAGCCGACGACCUGGGCGUCACUGGCGCUUUGACAGUUUUGAUGAAAGACGCGAUAAAACCAAAUCUGAUGCAGACCCUGGAAGGGACACCCGUCUUUGUGCAUGCCGGGCCCUUCGCUAACAUCGCCCAUGGGAAUUCUUCUGUGUUGGCUGAUAAAAUUGCCCUGAAACUUGUUGGUGAAGAAGGAUUCGUAGUGACGGAAGCUGGCUUUGGUGCCGAUAUCGGGAUGGAGAAAUUCUUCAAUAUCAAGUGCCGGGCUUCAGGCUUAGUCCCCAAUGUCGUCGUGCUGGUAGCCACAGUGCGAGCUCUGAAGAUGCACGGAGGCGGGCCAAGUGUAACUGCAGGUGUCCCUCUCAAGAAAGAGUAUACAGAAGAGAACAUUCCACUGGUGGCAGACGGUUGCUGUAACCUCCAGAAGCAAAUACAAAUCGCUCAACUCUUUGGGGUUCCCGUGGUUGUGGCUCUGAAUGUCUUCAAGACUGACACCCAGGCAGAGAUCGACUUGGUGUGCGAACUGGCCAAACGGGCUGGCGCUUUUGAUGCGGUGCCCUGCCACCACUGGUCCAUGGGGGGCAAGGGGUCAGUGGACCUGGCGUGGGCCGUUCGAGAAGCUGCAAACAAAGGGAGUCGUUUCCAGUUCCUCUACGAUGUACAGCUGCCGAUAGUGGAUAAGAUAAGAACCAUUGCCCAGACCAUCUAUGGAGCCAAAGAUAUCGAAAUCUCUCCAGAGGCUCAGUCCAAAAUUGACCGCUACACACAACAGGGCUUUGGCAAUUUGCCCAUCUGCAUGGCAAAGACCCACCUCUCUCUAUCGCACCAGCCUGAAAAGAAAGGUGUGCCCAGGGAUUUCAUUUUGCCCAUCAGUGAUGUCCGUGCCAGCAUUGGAGCCGGCUUCAUCUAUCCUUUGGUUGGAACCAUGAGCACCAUGCCCGGACUGCCCACCAGGCCCUGCUUCUACGACAUUGAUCUGGACCCAGACACGGAGCAAAUCAAAGGCUUGUUCUGAAGGAGUGUGGUGGCGUCCACAGUCAACUCCACGCUCACAAAAUACAAACUCAUGACUUGCCUUUUUGCUGCAUUUGGAGAAGAAACUGAAUUUGAAAUAUGCUGGUUUCAAAAUGCAAGCGAAAUGAUGAAAUGACCAAAGAUUGAUUCUUCCUUCCAGUGAAUUCUGUUUGCAACAGAGGAUAUGUCUCGCUCAGCAACAAACCUUCAUCAAGGUUGAAAAGGAAACUAAUUUAUUUUCUGUUUCUUCAAAGUUGAUAUCCUCCUAUAGCUUACACUUGAAAAUGUUUAUUUUAUGGGGCAGUUGGGAUUAAAAAAGUAUGAACUCAAA